AUGGACCUGUCCGCUCGCCAGGAAGGCCCCAGACCGUUCCGCUCAAGGCGCGAUCGACCGUGCGACGCCUGCCGGGGACGAAAGAUCGCAUGUCGCAUUGAAACCUCACCUCCUUGCGCCUUCUGUGAAAGUCGAGGCAGCUCGUGCACUUUCCAGAAUGGACCCAACAACAAGAGACGCAGGGUGUUCUCCAGCUCUCUGCCAGAUGUCCAUUACUCGCAACAGGACAGUUUGACAGCCAUCCCACAGACCUGGGAAGACUUCAACGCGGAAGCGUUCGACUCCGCCAUCUUCGACAGUCUGGACCUUGCCGAGGAUGAAAGUCCGACGGGUCAGAACCAGGGGACUCCUCCACAGCCGCCGACGUCAGACGGACGCCACGCGAGCACAAGCCCGAGACAUUAUCCACCGCAGAACGUGCGUCCAUCGCGGGGCGAUGCCCGGGCCCACGACCCAAGCAUCCUUCAUCGUUCUCAGGUUCUGCCAGACACUGGCCAUUUGAACCGCCAUGUGGUCAUGGUAUUGCUGAAAGACACAAACCAGCUUGAAAUAGCCCGGACCCGUUUGAGAAGUACUCGGGAUCACAACAACGACCCCUUGACCCGCGAGCGUGCUCAAAUACUGAUGGUGAGAGACGAUCCACCUUUUCUGCUCAACGGCAAGUCGUGCGUGAAGCGUGUUUCGUGGUUAGAUAUCGAGAACCUGCUCUGUGGAAAGCAGCGCGACGAAUUGCUCCGACUAUUUUUUCGCUUUGUUCAGCCCCUGUUUCCUAUCCUGCACCCAAAUAACGAAGCCCACGCCGACAAUCACAGCGACUCUGCUCAAGGCCACAACUCAGUUGCCCUUUACGCUUCAGUGUACGCAACGGCUCUGCCUUUUGCCAUACACAAUGACUACCUGAGUGCCACAUUGACAGACGCGAACUGCAAGCGCGAGCAAUUGUACUCGAUAGCGGUUGCAGCCUUGCUUGAAACGGCAAAUUCGCCUUCCAUCGAAGCCCUGCAAGCAUGUCUACUUCUGCUGCAAAAGGGCCCAACAUUUCAGCAUCAAGGUCUGACGCCGACAUAUUCCUGGCUCAUGUCAAUCGCAGUCACGAUUGCCAAGUCCCUCGGUCUACAAUAUGACUGUGGCGGAUGGAACAUACCUUUGGUAGAGAAGCAGCUUCGUACACGACUCUGGUGGGCAACCUUUACCAUGGAUAUCUGGAUCAGUGUGGAUUCCCCUGGAGGGCGGUCAAUUGCGUCUGACGAUUACGAUGUGCUUCUACCAAAUUCAGAGGACGGGACGACCAGCAGUUACGAGCUUGCGAGGGCAGAAUGCAAUGAGUUUGAUGGGCUCGUAAAUCUUACUCACCUUCUAGCUCAAAUUCAUGGAACGUACUAUACCAUCCGUUCGGCAAAGCAAACUUCAUCGGAUUUAUUCAAAUCCCUCGAGUUUGCCCGUCCACUUCGUUCGGCUCUCAGUGAAUGUAGGCAGAAUUUGAAGGCAGAUCUGCCUCUCAACUCUGGUGACGAGCCCGGGAUGAGUGCAUCUGUGCAUCUGGCGGCUUGUGUUGUGUCGAUAAUUCUAUUUCGCGCCCUCCUCCGACCUGUCCAAUGCGGGAAUAGUGGAUCGCUGACAGAAAGCUACAAGUCAGCAGCAGCAGCCAUCAUGACCGGCUCUGUCAACUGUGCGAGAGAAGCCGUUGAGCUGUUGGAAAACAUGGUGUCGAUAAUCGGCCCGUGGAACGCAUUUUGGCAUUCCUGGUCGCAAGGAAACUUUGCCAUCGUCAGUACGUUCCUGGUGCAGCUGCUGCUUAUAAGCGACUCGGGGGAUGGAAUCAGAACAGAGGUGAGCGAGCUUAUUUCCCGCUGGAAGCGCGCCAUACGUGUCAUGGCAGGGAGCGGUGGAUGGGGAAGCUCUCUGAUGGGCAUGGCGCUCGGCAGGCUGGACUCCCUUCUUAACCAUGCUGGGUUAUAA